GCGGAUGCAUUAGAUUGAUGAAAAAAAUUCGUCCUUAUCGAUGUGAAAAGAAACCACGAGAAAAAAUUAUUCUGCCGCAGUUAUAUCGCAAGCCGACGGCAACGCCGAUAGACGCUCGCGAUUAUCCUCAAUCGACGGCUAUCCGCAUCGGUUCUCCGUCGCGAGCUCCCGCUCGAGGCCAGUACGGACCCAACGGGCCUACGCAAGAGGAACUCGAGGAGGAGAAGGAGGAGCCCGAUCGUCUCAGUCUUCUUCUACCCCAGAGCAGAUUCGAUUGCGUCAACAAGCAAACCGGCUACUAUGCUGACGAGGAUCUCAACUGCGAGGUCUUCCAUUAUUGCCAAGACAACGCCAAGCACUCUUGGAUCUGUCCUGAGGGUUUCACCUUCCACCAAGUGCAUUUAAUCUGCAUGCCACCCAGCGGCGACAUCAGUUGUAAGAAGAGUUCGCAAUAUCAUUUUGUCAAUGAGUAUCUAUACAAGCCGCUGAAUCUCCAAGAGGCCGAAAGCAAGCCCAAUGUUACCCUGAGGUACAGCGAAAGGUAUUACCCCUCUGAUAUUUACACGGAUCAAAGAGAGGUCGGUGACUAUCAGAUCACUCCUACGGCUGCUCCCACGCGUCGUCCUGCCCCACAGGUCCUUGUAAGUCCGCAGUCUCAAAGUUUGAACAGCAUUCCUACAUCGGUUCGUCCACAGCCCACAGGAGUGCCGCAGUUUCGUCUCCCGGUGAACCAGGUAUUCCACAGCCCCGAAGAAGUCAACAUCCCCCUUCAGCAUAGGCGACCGCAGCCGCAACAGCAGCAGCAUCAAGUUCUCAGACGAUAUCCUCAAAUUCAAUCCGACGAGGAGGACUACGAAUAGAUUCUUAUUGUUAGAAAUCUUUAGCUCUCUAUGAAUUCAACUCAUUCAUUCGAAUUUUUAGAUUCUUCACGAUUCUCUCAUUAAUCACCAACGAUAUUCGAAACACAUCUCUCGAAUCAUCUGAUAUUUUUUUCAAUUCCUUUCGCGCGAAAUCGACUAAAGAUCACGAAAUUCAAGAUACUAUAGAAUUUUUGAAUUAUUGGGCGGCGUUCAGCGGAGAAAACCGCUCAGUAGCAAUCGAACGCGAUUGGCUCUUACUUUUGAAACCAACAAAUCAACAUCGAGUGUUGACAAGACGAUAACUGAGCGACAUGCGCCAUGCGCUGCCGCGUCCUGCGUGCAGGAGCCAUUAGGGCGCGAUUUCACUUAACG